GUAUUCAUGUGCUGUAGGAAGUUGUUGGUUCCUUGCAAAAAGAAACAAGUGUCAAGGAUGAAGUGGGCCCUCCAAAUGCAGCUCAUAUUAUGUCAUCUUCUCUAAAAACAUCCACAUGUGCUGCUCACCAGAAAACCGACCUAAAGAAAAGCUCAUUUUCCAUUCCUAGAGAGCCAUCUAUAGGUAAAACCCUCAAUACUGAUAAAGCGGUUGAAACUUUAGUGUCAGCCAAAACUUCUGGUUAUAAAAUGGGGACCCAGAAGCCAGCCAAAACACUCCUUCCAACCGAAAAGGCGAUGAACAGUCCAUUGAUAACCGAAAAACCUGUUCUUUCUCAAUCGUCAAACACCAUUAAAAAGCCUCCUAUUCAACAAGCGGCAGUUUCGGUGGACAAGUCUUCCACUCAGGCUCAUUCAACUAGCGGUGUUGCCAUUGCAGCACCAUUGGUACCUCGUUCAGCAAGUGCAGCAGUACAUUUGGGUCCUGAUGAUGCUGUUCCUCAAUCCUACCGAAAUGCCAUCAUGGGGACUCAUGCUACUACUGCUGCAACUUCAACAGCUUUCAGUCAACCAUGUUCUCCAAAUUUGGCAUAUUCACAGCCGCCUAUCACAUCACUUCCCAUGUUUCUACCCCAGACCUCCACUUCUAGCAUUUCACCCAUACCAACCUUCUCGUUUGGAAUGUUGGAUUAUGGUGUAUUGCAAAAUGAGUCCCACUUAUCAGGAAUGGGUGACGUUGAUAGCAGCAGAGGCUUACCUAAUGAUCCUUCAUUUCUGACUGAUAUUACAAAUAUUGAUAUACUCAAACGAUCCUGCAAUCUUUCUGACGAGUUCCCUCCUGGGUUUCCACCUCAUGGUGUGUUAGCUGAUGAAUUUCCUCAUCUUGAUAUUAUCAAUGAUUUGCUCGAUGAUGAGUAUGGUAUACCAAGUGCAGCACAAGUUGGUCCCUUGUUUCAAAGUUUCAGCAAUGGACCGCACCACCUAACUGGUCAGUUUGACACAAGCUCAUGCAGGUUUGAGCGACCUCAUAGUUACCAUGAUGAAUUUCAACGUAGCUAUGGUGGUGGGUUUGACUUGUCACGAGAGAUGGUUCAACAGCAACAACCCAACUUACAGCCUUUUGUUAAUGGACAUAUUAAUGGAUUGAUUCCCAACCAUUGGCAGAUGGCUGGUGCCGAUUUUUCUUAUCCCAGCUGGAGGAACUUGGAUAAUAAUGUGCGUCAGUAUCCAGAUUACUCUAACCUAAUGAUGGGUGUUAAUGGCUAUACCAUAUACCGUCCUUCAAAUGGACAGUGAAUAGGCUCCAUUAGUACUAAAAGAUCAAAGAAGUUGAUCUGAAAGGAAAUUUUAAGAAACACAUGUAUAGAUUUGAUUCUCUCUAUUGUUGAUUUAUGUCUCAGUCUUGGCCCUUAAAAUGGCAAGUCCUA